AGAAUAGUUCCAGAUGUGGCCAUGUUUAGUUUGAUCUUUGAAGUUUUCGCUCAUCGUCUCAUAACUGAUACAUUUUUAUACGAUCUGCUGACAUAGUAAUACGCUCUGUCCGACCAUCGUACUUUUCGCCUGCCUGCGACUAGUCUCGUUCAUAACACAUGUUCUUCUUUUGCUGAGAUAAAUAUCUAACGCGGAAGUACACGAGAGACGUAAACGCUGUCAUCCAUUCAGGAGAGACACGAAUCGCGUCGAGUCCGUGCAUUUAAUUUUUUUAAAAAUUCUAUCGUCAAUAACAGACGCGCGUCUGAUUAACUCGCAGUUGUUUUUAUCGGCAAAAAGCGAGAUCAAUUCGUCGCUCCCUUUCUCUCUCUCUCUCCCAAUAAAUAUUCAAUCAAAAAGAGCACUAUUAUCAGAUUACGGGACGGGAAUCGUCAAAGUGGAAGCUACGUCUUUAUAUAUUCUACGAAACUUCGAGUCGUAUUUUGGGGAAAACGCUUUUUUCUUUACAUCUAAUUACGGAUUAAAAAUACACACUCGUAUUUCCUUCUGAGCGUUGUUCUUAUUUUAGCACUUUUUUUUGUUACAUUACGAUCAUUUGGGAAAAAGAAUUUAAGACGCCUACAAGCUUAUCAUUGGUCAGCCAUAUGCCACGUCAAGCCAAAAUGACGUUGCAGUGGUAAGAUCGCGCCAUUUAACGAAAUUUAUAGCCAAGGAAAGAAAAGCCACAGUGAAAUCCAUUCUUUACCGAAUCUAAAGUGCAAUAGUAUCCCGGAUAAAGCAAAGAAUAAAAGAAAUUUUAUUUACAAAGUAGCCUGUUGUGUUCAGGCGAGAAGAAUAUUCGAGAGAAAAGGACAGACGUAACAAAGGCCGAUAAAGACAGAAAACGUUAAUAAAAACUGAUACAUUUGGUUGUACGCGCACGCGCGCAAGAGAGAAAGAGAAACGGAGAGACAUAUGAAAUAUAUUCUCUAGGGCUAAUUAGUGUCCAAUAACGAGUAUUUCAAAAUUUCAAAUGCUAGAAUUCAGGCACGCGAUUAUUUUGCAAGCAAAGAGCCAUCGAGUGUGGUCGCGUCAAUCGAUCGAAUGAUCAUCGUCGGGCCACAGUGCUAUAUCAUACGGUACAAAACACGAUCGAUCGGGACAAAACAAUGGCAUUAGAGAGUGUUUCCGCGGCUGAGACUCUAAUCCAAAGUAACAAUGAUAAUGACUUGGAAGAUGGGGAAAUUCCAUCCGAUGAAGAUGAUGAACCUGUGCCACCACCAGUAAAUAAUGAUAACAAUAAAAAUUCAUCAAAAACAGAUGCAUCAAAAAAUAAAACUUUUGAUUCUAAAUUUAAUAAAAGUAAGAAAUCAAGUGUUCAAGGAAGUAGCAAGCAUGACAGAUUUUUAAAGUACAAAAGCCCAACAGAAGAUUGGGCAGGAGAUGUGGAAAAAGCAAUUCGAGCGGCUUUAGAGGAAGAUAGUGCUAGAAAUCAAGAUUCCAAAUCUAAAAGUAAAAGUAAUAGAAAUAAGAGUAGGAAAAGAAUACGUGAUGAAAGAGAAGAAGAUCGUAAUAAAGAUCAAAAGAGAAGAAAAGUGAGUGAUGAUGAAAAUGUUAAUGAAGAUGAGGAUGAAAUGUUAUUUGUUAGGGGUGCUUCACCUAUUAGAAAAGAUUCGCAAGAAAAUAAUUCUCCCAGACAUACAAACGAUCAUGAAAAUUUUGAUAGUAAUUCAGAUUAUGAUGAAAGGCCUAAUGUAAAUCGACAUAGAGAUAAUGAUAAUAAACGUAGCAGUUCGAGAGGAGGUGGAGGACGAAGAGGUGGUAAAAAUGAACGUGGCGGAAAAAGUAAGAGUCGUGCACAGAUGAGAAAUGAUAGGAAUGGACGAAGAAAUCAAAAUAAUGAUCACAAUCAAGAUCCAGAUGCUAUAUGUGUUUAUUAUAUGCAAGGAAAAUGUCAUAGAGGAGAUGAUUGUCCUUUUUCACAUAAUGCUUUACCACCUAGAAAAAUGGAAUUAUGCAAAUUUUAUCUCAUGGACUGUUGUGCAAAGAGAGAUAAAUGUCUUUAUAUGCAUCAUGAUUUUCCAUGUAAAUUUUUUCACACAGGUUUAAAAUGUAAUCAAGGAGAAAAUUGUAAAUUUUCUCAUCAACCUUUAAAUGAGCAGGUGAAAGGAAUUUUGUUAAAACACUUAGAAACAGCACCAAAAGAAAUUCUUGGAGAUUUUCCACGUUUAAGUAGAGAAGGAGCAAUGUUAAUGAUAAAUAAUACAGCAAGAACAUUAGCACAAGGUCAAGAAACAACAAAUUCAAAAAUUCCAAGCCUUUUUGAGCUAAAUAUAUCAGCACCAACUAGCACUACAGAAAAAAACAAUGAAAAGGAAGAAAAAGAAGAGCAAACACAACAAAAAAAUGUUAGAGAAAGAAAACCAUCGGGUAAGAAAACUCGAUGGGGUUCAGAUGAAGAUAGAGUUCCAUAUGAACAAAUCAUGCUAUUACAAUCAGCCAAUGAAUUCGGUAUACAACUUCCUAAUGCUGCAUUAGGUUUAGCAACUCAACAUAUACAUCAAAAAUCAUUAAUAUCCCAAUCUAUGCCAAAUAUGGAUUUUUAUACUGAAGCUAAUAAUGUUGAAUCAAAUAAAACAAUUUUAAAUAAAACAAAGGAAGAUUUUACGAAAGAUGUAGAAGAGGACGAAAUUUUGGAACAGGCGAAGAAAAAGGAUCCAUCAUUACAUGAAGAUUUAAAAGAUAUAGAUUUAAGACAAUUAUUAAAAGUAAAGAAGCCACCACCUGUUGUUAGUAUAGCUGAUGAAGUAGCAAAUCUUACUAAAUCUAAAUUUGAUGAAGAAAGUGAUCAAGAUGAAGAAACAGAUCUUGUUAUAGAAAUGCCAAUUGAAGAUGAUGAUAAACAGAAAGAUAAAAGUACAGAUCACGAAGAAACGAAUAUCAUAAAUGAAGAAAAUAUUAAUCAUCAUGAUAUUUCUUCACCAUGUACAGAAGAACAAGAAAUACCAGCUCAUUUACCAAAAAAAGCACAGGAAUUAUUUAUGCGUAUCCAACAACAACAACGAGCAGCUCAAGAUAGUUUUAAAAAUAUAGAAAAUGAAUGCUCUGCAAGGAAUACAGAUCAAAUUUUAGAAGAUUGGUACUCAGAUGAUGAAGAUGAUGAUGAUGAUGAUGAAGGCGGAAAUCUUACGAUAGUACUUUCUAAUAAAGAUUCAUCAAAAGAAGAAAGUGAAUUUAUAGAAAAAACGCAAAAUAUUGUGAUUAAAGAAGAAUUUCAAACGACAUCUUCUGCACCUACUAUACCUCAACCAGCAGCUAUUGUAGAUAAACUUGGAGAUUUGAGUAAAAUUGAUAUUAGUGCUGAGGUUUCAAAAUUAUUAUCAUCAUUAAAAGCGCAUAGUUCUACAACGAAUAAAUCUACUCAACAAAAUACUAAUAUACAAGACUAUUCUUCAAAAGUCAAAUCUUCACCAGAUAGAAUAUCAGUAGAAGAAUCAAAUAUUCAUAAAAAUGUUACAUUUAAUACUUCUAAUCAAUUGUCAAAAACAGAAAAUGAAACAUUGAGUCCACAUUCUUCACCUGGAACAAGUUCUAUAUCUAUUUCCAGAGAUCCCCGUAUGUCUCGAGAUCCUAGACAACGUAGAGAUGAACAGAAAUCAAGUAGUCCUAGUGGAAUAGAUAAUAAAAAGGAAUCUAAGCAUCUUAGAUUAGAAACAAGCAUAUAUAGUUCCGGUAUUACUGCUGUCGAUACUAACAUGGAUACGGAUCUUCGAACUAAAACAGAUCAAGAUCUUCGAAGAAAAGAUAUGGAUUUUAGACAACAAUUUCAAACUGGUUUCGGAGAUACAGAUCUUCGAGUUGUUGGAGCAGGAUUCACUGAUACAUCUACUAAAUCUGAUGUCGAUUUACGACAAAUGUUAAGCUUACCAUUUAAGCCAGCACCGUCACAUGUACCUUGUACAGAAAUCGAUGCAAGCAUUUCUUCGCAUCCUUUAAUGACAUAUAAAGUAUACAUUGUUGACAUACCAAGACCUGAUUAUACAGGUCUUAAACUUACUAAAAAUGACGCGCAGGUGAAAUAUGAUCCGCGAUUACGUAAAAUUUUUAGAAUUGGUAAAAUUGAAUUAGCUGAUUCUCCCAUGUCUCCACCUCCAAUUAAAAUGGAUACUCCAAAAUCACCUCCGCAAGUUCGGUCUGAUCCACGUCGAAAAGCUCUCGAAGCUUCCAAUUUAUCUUCUCAAAAUGUAAAUGCUUCCAUAAUGAAAAAUGUUCAACAGUCACCAAUAGAAAUAUCAAAUAUAGGAAUUGGUCCUGGUGGAAUAUCUAUUCCUCAAGGUAUGCCUGGACCACAAAGUAUACAAGGAGGGCAAGGUAUGAUGCCAAUGGGUCCAAAUCCAAUGCUUGGAAAUAUGGGUCCUAUGGGACCUAUAAUAAAUGCACCUAUAGGUCCUCAAAAUAUACCACCAAUGAGUAUGACAGGAAUAUCUAACAUACCUCCUGGAAUAACCAUAAAUGGACCAGUUGUGCCUCAAAAUCAAAUGAAUUUUGAUCCUCGUUUUAAUGUUCAACGCAAUAAUGGAGCUGGAUUAUUAGGCCCAGCACCCGGUGUAGGUUUUGGACCAGACGUUAAUUCUUCAUAUGAUGGUGCACCAACAUAUUCCGGUGGUAAUUUUAAUAAUUUUGGUCCCGGUCCUACACCAGUACCACCAGAUUCUGGUAUGAUGGGAUUCAAUCCAAAUGGUCCAAAUCCAAAUUUCGGAAUGGAUGGAUCUGAAUGGAAUGGAUCGAACCAAAAUAGACGUGGUGGACGAAUUAGGCGACGAAAUAGAAAUAGGACCAAUAUCGUGACUAAUAAUUAAGGCAAUAAGCAAUUUCGUGUAGGUACAUUAGGAAAGUACCUGAUGAUAAUUCUCAUUGUAAUUUAAAUUUGUACAGCAUGCAUUAAUGAUAAUGCAUUCAUUUAUGAUGGUCCAGAUUAAUGAUUUUUUGAUUGUGUCAAUUGUACAUGGUGUCAAAUGCUCGCUAGUGAUUAAAUAGCAAAAUAUAAAUUUAAGGUAUUAAAAAAAAUAUUAAAAUUGUACAUGAAUUAAUUUCAAGCAUUUCUUUAUAUAAAGUAUUCAUACCAAUAAAUGGUAUGAAUAAUGCUCAUAAUUACGUGACAUUCUAUAUUUUAUUUAAAAAAUAUAAAUCAU